CCUUUCAUUCGAUACACGUCUUAGUUGUUUGUCUGGUCUUUCCCUCGAGUCAUCACGAUAUUUGACAGUCUCGCAAAAUUACAUCUUUAUGAUCAUUGCGCUUCCAGACACCCAUCCAGCUGAUAGUUGCCUUUCCUUUAGACUUCGCCUCCCAGCACAAUUUCCUUCUUCGGACGACUGGUGCUGGGAUUCUACCAACCAGCUAUAUGCAUCGGGAGCCCCUAUUAUACUGCCAACGAGCGCUACUAUCCUGGACUGCGGGUCAAGCAGGGGCAAGUGCCCGGGUAUCCUUGAGUCCAGCGUGGCUUCUGCAGCCACUUCCUCAUUUGACACGAGCGGUGAAGAUCGGGAAGAUGGAGAGUCUGAAGCGGACGAGGUGAUUGAAUUCCGCAGCAAGUCGAUCCUUGACGGUAAUACUAUGAUUCAAAUCACGAACUCUAGCAGAGAAGGGGGAGAAAAGGCGAUGGGCGUACUGGUACGCUGCUACAAAGUAAUUCAUUUCAUCUUAAAUAUUGUGGGUGGAUUCAGAAUGCGCUUAUCAACUCUCUGCCUGAUGCACUUACUAGCACGGAACGUCCAUGUCCCUUUGUUUACAAAACGUCUCGUCCAAAAUCUAUAUGAUCUCCUUUUGUUCCCGAGGCCCGAUUUCUGCGAUAAGACCACUGGACAAAUGAGUAGGUGCGGAAGAUAAUGAUCAUUUGUACAAAAUCAAGCUCGAGUGAUUAUCGACGUGGGCAAGCGCAGGUAUCGUCGGUUUUGAGUCGACUGCGGCAUCGUUACGAAGAUUUUGACGACAGAAGCCCAGCUGAGCAGGUGACCACGUUCACGAAAUGAUACACAUGUAAAUCGGCACUGAAUCACUGGCACUGGUCCCACGAAAUGCAAUACCUGCAACAGCUCCUGGGUAUUGCAUCAUCAUCCAACGGGUGUUGUUGUCUACAGACGUUGGCCUCGGUUAUUUCAGGUAUUUGGAAAUUGGCGCCAUGAUGCUUUUUCAGGACAGACAUCGUUGCCGUUUUGACUAUUUCUGAAAGGUCAUUGCGACACAUCGAAUUAGCUGUGCCAGAAUUCACAAUUCGUGCUGCGAGUCAUCAGUGAAUGAGGGAUGCGGUUGAGAUAAUAUUGAUCACGGAAUGAUAUAAACAAACU